AUGCAGAAGCCUAAAUACAACUUAGGUUACGUCUCCAACCAGCCCAAGUUGUACGACGGAUACCGAAAAACUCAAAUUUCAGAUGACGAGGGCCUCGAGGCAAUGGUCAGAUUCCAACUCUACGGCAAGAAAUAUCCAGCUGUUCGCAUACUAGUCGAUGUAGAGAAGACCGAGGAGCCUUCCAAGCAGGGUAUCCUCGUGCAUAGGCAGGAAACUCACAAGCUAUCAGCCCGGCCCGUUCCCAUAAGUAGUGCAAGCGCAAGACAGGAAGGUAGCUCUGGGCACAUAUCCCGACCUAAACGAAAUCAGUCUGGAAGCUUAUCGUGUGAUGUGAUCGACCUGACCAAGGACGAACAUGGACCUACCCCACCAUCUACUCCGCAGAAGCACAAGAAAGGGGGUGACGACACAGAUUCUGAGACAGAGAAAAAGCGCCAGCAACGCGAGGAGAAAGAGGAGCGAGAACAGCAGUCGUAUGAGCUGUGGGCACGUUCGCGAGAUGCGAUUAUCAAAGCCAAGGGAAAGGCGAUGGAACGCUGCACCCUAGAUGAGUGGGAGACAGCAGGGGAUUUCUUCGGCCUUGAAAAGGGAACACUACGAAAAGGAGAACCAAUCAAGCUUCACAGCGGCUGGGAUAUCUCAGGCUCUUGGUUCCCCUAUCAGCUUGUCGAGGUAUAUCAACUCUACAUGAUGGAACUCUCCGACCGCAAUGGCUUCAUCUAUGGGAACAUGAUGGGUCUUGGUAAGACUCGGUCGUCCUUGGGCAUCAUUCUAGUUGGAUAUAUCCACCUUCUCAUGUGGCUUGAUAGGAUCGACAACCCUAGCCAACACAUACGCUUCGACGCAUCGGAACUUGGCGCCACCCUCGAAUGUCCUUCACAGAGCAAAUUCCCCUUCACUUGCUUCUGUAACCCAAACUCACACAUCUACAAGAAGGAGCCGCGAAUAGCCCCCACGCUAGUCAGUGGUUCAGGCAAGUCAUCUGAUGCGUGGAAAGAUGAAGUUCUGGCAAUGGGUCUUCUCAAGUCGAAGUGGUGCAAUCCCAAUCAGCCCUUUGCACUACGUGUGUGUGCCAUGGACAAGAAAGCUAUCUUUGGGCUCGAUGAAUUGUCGAAGAGCGAGUGGGUCGAAAUGAGAGUUCGAAUCGACGCCCAAAACGCACUUGAUACCAGGAACAGCAGAGUGAGGCCUCAAGAGUAUGUAUACAACAAACAGAAGUAUUCAGAGACUGUCUAUUGGGAUAUUCAAUCGCCAAUUGAGAACCAUCCUCGCGCCACUCUCGAGCGACCCUCUCCAACAUCAGGUCGUUUUAUUCUAAUAUGCGGAGAGCACUCCCUCAAGACCCGGAUUCUGGACAUGUGCCGUGUCUUUGUAGAGGUGCAGCGCGACACACAUUACAAGAAAGGCAUACGUCACGAAACAGAACGAAUCCAGGCUGAUGCAUACUCAGUUAUAUGGGGCCGGACAAUCUUCGAUGAGUUUCACAAUAGCAAGAGCGAAGAUACUCAGUUCGCUCAGCUCUAUAAGCGAAUGCGCAUCACUAACCGUGGCUAUCAAUGGAAAUCGUGGGCAAUAUCAGGAACACCAAUGGAGAAUGGUUUGCGCGAAAUGCUGAUCUUCAUCACUUUAGCUCUCAGGGGGGUUGAGAACGAUCAUGGAGUGUCCAACUGGAAGAAACAGAUCAAGCAGAAUGGCGAUCUGGAGUUAGUGUCGAAGAACUAUGUGUACGACCUAAUCGAGAAGACUGUUACGGCAAAUUCCAAGCAAUACCUUAACGGCAUACACAUGAGCAACCGAUGGCGGAAGAUUUCGGAAAAGGCGGCCAAGACUAACGCCGAAGAAGCAAUGAAAGUGGAUGAUUAUAAUCAACUCCUCGAUGACGGCGCUCAGGUCAUCUCCCAUUUCAUGCUGCGGCGAACACUUCAGACACGUGACCCAUGGGGAAAAAGUAUCACCAUUCUCCCCGGGAUGUUUGAGGUGAAAGUAAGGCCAUGUAAUAGUGGAAAUUGGUCUAGGACUAUAGAAGAGAUGGUCAACCACUACCUUCCCGGAAAGAAGCCUAGCGAUAUCUUCUCUCGCUCGGACAUGAUAGCGAUUGGUACAUACCCCGGCCUAGCGGCAUACAAGGCAGAGCUUGUAGCUGCAGACUAUGAGAAUAAUUAUCACUGCCUUCAUAGCGAAGCGCUACAGUCUCAAUUCUGCAACCUAGAGACUGCACCAUUCAAAGACGAGCUCGACAAUCUCAUCAGAGGCAGCACAAAGCUACAGCAAAUCACCGAAAUCUGUCAGGAGGUCAUGAACUCACAGCGCCCGAACCCCAAGUACAGCCGUAACGCUAUAACCUCAAACGAACCACAAAAUCUGCCUGCGAAAAUUCUCAUCAUGACGUACAAACCAAUAACGAGCUUGGUUACGUAUUUUGCACUUAGUAGACAGUUCAAGCAAGAUAACGUACUUCUGUUGCCUGGAAGCUUGGACAGAAAUACCUUGAAGGAGCGACUAGACAAGUGGAAAGAUCCUACCGGUCCGCGAAUCAUGGUCCUUUCAAUGUCUUUCGCAGAGGCAAUCACCUUGACUGAAGCGAACUAUAUUGUCAUCAUGGAGCCUCAAGACCGACAGGCAAAACAGGAACAAGCGUUGUUUCGCAUAUACCGCAUCGGCCAGCUAGCAAAGGUUUGCUACGGGUUCAUCUUGUUCAAUCCAGAGUCUGAAAUUGAGGUUGGCAUACUUAAUCGGCAGCGGUUUAAGACGAUGUCACGAGACAUGAUUACGGAGGCUGAAAAACGAAAGAUGGUGACGUCGGCACAGAUUGACUGGGAAAAUACGGUGGAUGAUGUGCCAUAUGAGAUUGAUGGAUUGACUUGCUAG